ACUAAGGUCCAGGGAUCUAACAAUUUGAACAGACGGAGCCAGAGUUUCAACAGCAUCGAUAAGAACAAGCCCCCACAGUAUGCAGCUGGCAGCGAGAAAGAGCCAUCCAAGAACCCUCCAUUACCUUCGGCCAUGAAUGGGAAUUUGCCCCCGGCCCCUGGUACGGGGCAGUACGCGGCUUCUGCCAUCCCCUCCCCUGGCAGUUGUAAACCUUGGCGCAGUAAAUCGAUGAAUGUCAAGCACGCUGCCACAUCGUCCAUGCUCAGUGUGAAGGUGCCCAGCCCUGCCACUUCUCCCACUGCUUCCAACGACAGGCUCCGAGGCACUGCGCCCGACGCCUCCAAGGCUCCCUCCAAUGGGCAGAAGUCCAUGCUGGAGAAGUUCAAACUGAUCAACAACAGGAUGUCCUCCAGGCCACCCGUCUGCCCGGGUUCUGGAGUUACUGAGGGUUCGAGAGAUGAGGGUCCUCCCUUGGAGUGCGGUGAGGCGGGGGGAGGGGGUUCUACAGGCAGCAGCCCCAAGGCGCAGUCCAAGGGAACAGCCCAAAGGACGGGAGGCAAGUCCGGAGGCAAUAAGAAGGCCUCGCCUCCAGCCAAGGAGAAAGACGAGAAGGAGAAGAGCAAAGGAGUAAAGAGUAAGGAGGAAAAGGCGAGUGAGGUGCCUCGGAAGAGUUCAAAAAUCGCCAGCUUAAUACCAAAAGGAGGGAAACCUGCAGGAGCCAAAAAGGAGAUCCCUGCUUCCAGUGGGAUUCCCAAACCAGGAUCCAAGUUACCCACCGGAAAGUCGGGAUCAGUGCCUGGAGCCACAUUGAUGAAGGACGCUGAGAAGACCAGGAGUGCCAAGGGGAGCUCUGGCCAGGCAUUGCAGAAAUCUCAGGCCAAUGGCAAAGCUUCCAGCUCCAGCAGCAUCACCUCCUUAGAGGGUAAAGGUGCCACCCUAGCAUCCUCACCACCGUCCUCCCUCAGCACUGCCACUACGCCAGCUCCUGGAGUGGCCAACACUGAGCAAAUGCCAGGCAAUGUCAUCGUGCAGCUCCCUCAACCUCAACAGCAACACAGCCACCCCAACACUGCCACCGUCGCCCCCUUCAUGUACAAAACCCACUCUGACAGUGAAGGCUCGUCUCUGCUGCCUGGUGAUACAAGUGCCAGUCCAACAAAAAUGGAUUCUGUCUACAGCAAAACUGCCAAACAGUGUCUCGAGGAGAUUUCUGGUCACACUGGCUGCAGACUGAAAAACACUGCUUGGGAUGAUAGCAGCUCCAUCAGCAGUGGUCUCAGUGACACACUCGAUAACCUUAGUACUGAUGACCUGAACACAACCUCAUCUAUCAGCUCGUAUUCCAAUAUCACUGCCUCUUCCAGGAAGAAUACCAGAACUCAGCCCAAACCUGACACAGAGAAGCACUCGACAUCAGAAAAUGAAACCGCUUGGAGCGGGGAAGAUUUGAAGAAGCCGGAGGAGGGUCUGGACGUUUCGAAAAUGGACUUGAGUGAAAAGUGGAAGAGGAACCUGUCUGAUUUAUCAGAUGAUUCUGAGAAAGGACAAAGACCAUCUCUGUCUCUGUCUCAAACAGGAUCAUGGAGACGGGGUAUGACAGCGCAAGGAGGGGUACCAACACCGCGGAACAAACAGCCCUUAAAAACACCAGUUGCAGGAAAAAUAGAAGAUGUUAAAGUUUCGGAGAAGGGAAAGGUGUCCUUAAAAAGCACAACCACCCAGCACUCUCCCUCGGAGGCAGGAAAGAGCAGUGGAGAUGAAGGGAAGAAGCCUCCGUCUGGAAUUGUAAGAACAUCCACUGCUGGCUCCUUUGGAUUUAAGAAAGCAGGUGUCUGCUCAUUGACCAUCAGUGCCAGCAGUGGGGUGACAGUGACCAGUGGCUCUGCCACACUGGGGAAAGUGCCCAAGUCUUCUGGCAUCCCCAGCAAGUCGAGCUCCGUUAGAAAGACAAGCCUGGAUGAUUCACAGAACCAGGAGGACGGGAUCCUGCUGAUCAGCUCCAGGACUAACCUGCAGUACCGCAGCUUGCCCCGGCCCGACAAGACCAGUGCUGGCACCAUAACCAGCCGUGGUGGACAUUGUUCCAGUACCAGCAGCAUCGAUUCCAACGCUGGUGGAAAAUCAGCUGGCAACGCAGCCUCCAGGCUCAGAGAGCCUUCCAAGGUCGGCUCAGGCCAUUCCAGCCCCAUUAGCAUUGCUCAAGGGGAGAGGGAGCGGGACAAGGCAACUGCAGUGUCAGAUCCAGAAACAAUGUCACUGUCAAGUUCCCCAAAGUCCAGCCCUCCGUCCGUGAACAGCAGCGGAACCUCCGGACUAAGGCAACAGGGUUCCAAGUAUCCCGACAUCUCCUCACCAACAUUCCGCAGGUUGUUUGGAACAAAGGCGAGUGGGAAAACAAGUAGUGUGCCUAGUUCCGAACCAGCAAAGUGCUCCUCUGUCAUCUCUAGCCCCCACGCCUCUCUGAGCCGGCAGGUCAGCCUGGAGUCACCUUCCAUGGGGCCAGGGAGUAUUGCGAGUGGCCAGGGCAGUGGUGGAGGAAGCAGCUCUCUGAGCUGUAAACCUCCCGAGUUACCCACAGAAGGAAGCAGCCUGGCUUCGAGCCCAGCUUCCCUUCACUCACUAACCUCCAGUGCACACCAGCUAACGACCAGCCUCAGCAGCUCCCCAGGGGGCAGUAAGGACACUCUGAGCUACCCUUCCCUGACCAGCCUGCACACCAGCUCCGAGUCGAUCGACCUCCCACUCAGUCACCACGGCUCGUUAUCUGGACUGACCACUGUGCCUAAGGGGGAUGUACCCAACCUGCUGCUGAGGACUGGGAGCGUCAAGUCAACACUGUCAGAGAGUGUGCAACUAGAUCGAAACACCCUCCCUAAAAAGGGACUAAGGUACACCCCAUCAUCUCGACAAACAAGCCAUGAGGAAGGCAAAGAAUGGCUUCGCUCUCACUCAACUGGAGGCCUGCAAGACACAGUCAGCCAAUCACCCCUGCCCUCACCGUCUGCCAUCUCAUCCCCUUGCAGUGGCACAUAUCACUUCACACAUUUAGUGAGUCCUACAGCUGUGUCCCAGUUUCAUUUGUCUGGUCCCAGUAUGAUGCGUUCAAACAGCAUUCCCACUCAAGAUUCCUCAUUUGACUUGUACGGAGAUUCCCAACUGUGUGGAAGUGCCAAUUCGCUAGAAGAUCGGCCAAGAACAAUCAGCAGAUCCGGAUCGUUCCGGGACAGUAUGGAGGAAGUCCAUGGCUCUUCGCUGUCACUGGUAUCAAGCACAUCAUCUCUUUACUCCACAGCUGAAGAGAAAGCACAUUCUGAGCAAAUCCGAAAGCUGCGCAGAGAGCUGGACACUUCCCAGGAAAAGGUUGCCUCCCUCACCUCUCAACUUUCGGCUAAUGCUCACCUCGUGGCUGCUUUCGAACAGAGUUUAAGCAACAUGACCUCCCGGCUGCAGAACUUAACCAUGACUGCUGAGCAAAAGGAGUCAGAGCUCACUGAGCUGAGAGAGACCAUCGAAAUGCUGAAGACACAAAAUUCUGCAGCUCAAGCUGCGAUCCAGGGAGCUUUAAAUGGCCCAGAUCACACAAACAAAGAUAUACGGAUUAGAAGACAACAUUCCUCAGACAGUGUUUCAAGCAUCAACAGUGCAACCAGUCAUUCGAGCAUCGGGAGUGCGAAUGAUAUCGAUUCGAAGAAAAAGAAGAAGAAACAGAGUUGGCUGAGAAGCUCCUUCAAGCAAGCCUUUGGUAAAAAGAAAUCAUCAAAACCCAAUCUCUCCCAUUCGGACAUUGAAGAAAUCACAGACCCGUCAAUUCCAUUAUCUCCCAAGUCACACCAAGACUCAACAGAUCCUGGAUCCCUGAAACCAUCACAUUCCACAUCUGCCAUCUGUGAGUGCACUGAGACAGAAGCGGAGGCCAUUGUGCACCUGAAGAGUGAGCUGCGGGAGAAGGAACUCAAACUGACUGAUAUCCGCUUGGAAGCACUUAGCUCUGCUCACCACCUGGACCAGAUCCGGGAAGCAAUGAACAGGAUGCAGAACGAGAUUGAACUUCUGAAAGCAGAAAAUGAUCGUCUAAAAUCAGAGACGGGAAGUAGCGGUGGAGCAGGACAGAUGCAAUCCCAGUCAUCAACCCCAUCUUCCACUUCCUCCUCCCGCCAUUCCCUGGGACUUUCCCUCCACAAUCUCAACGUCACCGGAGCUGCAACAACAGACAGUUUGCUUGAUGAAGGAUCUGAUGGCUCAUUUCGUAAGGAGAGCUGUAGUGUGCGAAUAAUGAUUUGCCUGAACAAACAACUCAAACGAACUAAGGAUGAAAAGUCUCCUCAGUACCUGAUAGGUUCGUUAGGAGUCAGUGGAAAGACAAAGUGGGAUGUUCUUGAUGGUGUAAUUCGUCGAUUGUUUAAGGAGUAUAUUUUCCAUUUGGACCCCAGCACAAGCCUUGGUCUGUCAUCUGACAGCAUUCUCAGCUACAAUAUAGGGGAUGUGGUGAGAGCGUGUAACUUGGAACUGCCAGAGCUACUGCCCUGUGGCUACCUGGUUGGAGAAAGCAACAUCAUUGCUGUGAAUCUAAAAGGUGUGGCAGAGAAUAGUGUGGACAGCUUGGUGUUUGAGACACUGAUUCCAAAACCCUUAAUGCAUCGUUACCUCAACGUCCUGCUAGAACAUCGAAGGAUCAUCCUCUCGGGGCCUAGUGGGACCGGCAAAACCUAUUUGGCCAAUAAACUUGCUGAAUUCCUGGUGAAUAGGGCUGGAAGGGAGCUCGCUGAUGGGUCGAUAGCCACUUUUAACGUGGAUCACAAAUCGAGCAAGGAAUUGCGCCAAUACCUCUCAAAUCUGGCCGAUCAGUGCACUACUGCAGAUAAUGGUUCUGACCUGCCUUUAGUGAUAAUCUUGGAUAACCUCCAUCAUAUUGGUUCAUUGAGUGACAUCUUCAAUGGAUUCCUCAAUUGUAGAUACCACAAAUGUCCCUAUGUUAUUGGAACAAUGAACCAAGCUGUCUCUUCCUCUGCUAACUUGGAACUCCACCACAAUUUCAGGUGGGUACUCUGUGCCAAUCAUACCGAACCUGUGAAGGGAUUCCUGGGUCGAUAUUUGCGCCGUAAGCUAAUUGAGACUGAAAUCGAUAGAAAUAUGCGCAACAGUGACCUCUUGAAAAUCAUUGACUGGAUCCCCAAAGUGUGGCAGCAUUUAAAUGGUUUCUUAGAGACACACAGUUCAUCUGAUGUUACUAUUGGUCCACGUCUCUUCCUGUCAUGCCCUUUGGAUGUAGAUGGCUCCAGGGUUUGGUUCACAGACCUGUGGAAUUAUUCUCUGAUACCAUACCUUCUGGAAGCAGUUCGUGAAGGCCUUCAGUUAUAUGGCAAGAGAGCACAAUGGGAGGAUCCUGCCAAGUGGGUCGUAGACACCUACCCGUGGAAUGCAGGCUCACUGCAGCAUGAGUGGCCAUCGCUACUGCAACUUCGACCUGAGGAUGUGGGCUAUGAUGGUCACACGUCUGCCAAGGAAGGAGGAUCCUCCAAGCACGUCCCCCAAAGUGAUAGUGAUGGUGACCCAUUGAUGAACAUGUUGAUGAGGCUUCAAGAGGCAGCGAAUUACUCCAGUGCACAGAGCUGUGACAGUGACUGCGCCAGCCACCAUGAUGACAUUUUAGACUCAUCCUUGGAGUCGACUCUGUGAAGUGAAUUCAGAGUGUGCUGGGGGUGUGUGAGUUUUCGUUGCUGCUGCAGAUGCUGAUCUCCGUUGAGGGUGUGAAGUCACGCAGUGAGGGAUGAAGACUCUCAGUGCUGUGGUGAAGAUCCACAGCAUGUGCACAGGCGGGGAACUCUUAACAUGAGGUCAGCUAGCUUGAGCCAGCCAUGUUGAAGGACACACUAAUGGGAACCAACUGAGUUUGAUUCAUCAACAUGACUUGUACAUAACAGAUAAAAUAUACACACAAACAAACAAACAAAAAAUAAUUGCACAUGAAAUCAAGCCAAACUGGAAUUUUUGCAAAGUAUUUACAUGUGUAAACCUGAUUUUAAUUUUAAUUGAGGUGCUGCAAGGAGUGGAUUAGACUGUUGCAGGUCCAUCUCCGUCCUAACCUCAGCUCUCUGUUGUAUUGGUGCUGGUUGAAAAAGCCAGAAACAGUCCUUGGUUUACACCCACUGCCCACAAUCCCAACAGCUUUGCACACAAUAAGCACAACGUUGGGAGAGGGGGCAUGCAGUGUGCAAUCACCGUGGGGUCAACUUUUGAAAACAUGCUGGACACACAGCUCAGCUUUUCCUGGUGCUGCUGGUCGAAGCAUUUUUUUUCUUUCUAAAAGGCUUCAUUUAAUGGAUUUCUACUGCUGUACGUUGUAGUUUUUUUUUAAUUUAAAUUUCAAGUCUUUUAACUUGAAGAAAAGGUCUCUCAGUCACCAGACUUACUUAAACCUCCACUACUGGUACAAGUGAUAACCUUGGCUUGUGAAGGGCUACAUCAAUAGAGGUUGUGGAAAGUCUUUCAGUGUCCAAGUGGGAAUAACGUUCAUUAUGGUGCUGAAUCACUUGCCUUAUUCUCAACAGGUUACAGGACUUAAAUAAAGCCAUUUAAUUUUGUCUGCAAAUAUUUGUAUCUUGCAACUCUUUGUUUAUGGAGUUUGGAGGACGUGAAAUGGAGUAGGUUUGAUAAUUUCACACUGGUUAGACCUACAGUAGUUCCUACUUAUUCUCCCACAGUCAGGGGCUGCGUUUUACUCUGCACCUAAAAGGGAAAUUUGAAUUAUCUUCAACAAGCAAAUACUUAUCAUAAAACCCAUUCCUAUUCACUGUCUCUCCCUCCCUCCCUCUGUCUGCUCCUACCUUUUCUUUUUUAAUAGUAUUUACAAGUCAUAGCUUCAGUGAAAUGACUGAAAGAUAACAAUUGGUAGGUGCAUAAAGUGGUUCUCCACUGAAUCUAACCCAGCAGAGCUGGGGGCACUUGGCAGAAGGGCAUGAGCACAAAAUUUUUUCUUGUAUAAACUUUCAGCAUGUUUUUACUACCUAUAUGCAAAGCUGAAUCUCUUUCAAAGAGAAGGAGAGCCAGUUUUAAUGUCAGCCCCCAUCUCCUGGCACUCUUUUUACAGACAAACCCCAAUCCCACACAACCUCCUCCCUGGACCCAUCAACUCUGUAUUCACGAGAAUGCAAAUGGACUUUCAAAACUCUUCAACCUGAUUCAGAUAGCCAACACCCAAUUCCUCCCACCCCCCAACCCCUAAGGCAGGUUAAUGGUAAAAUAAAUAAAGAAUUAUGGAUGCUGGAAAUCUGAAACAAAACCAGAAAGUGCUGGAGAAAUUCAGAAACUGUUCUGAAGAAGGGUCACUGGACUUUAAACUUUGAUUUUUAGUUCUCUCCAAACCUGCCAAGGUUCUCCAGCAAUUUCUGCUUCAGUUUAGGUUUAGAAUUAAAAUUGGCCUUUCACAUGUUAACAUACGGAAAAGCACCUCACUCUGGGAUGGGGGGUGGGUGUUGUCUGGGAGGGGGAGCGUGAAGAGUGCAUUUCAUUGGGGUUUUCUCUCAAAUCCAAUGAAGGGGGGGGGGCAGCAAGUUCAUUUGAUUUCUUUGUGUUUAGAAAGGGUUUUUGCACAAACAUGAGAAAUUGUAAAUAGAGAAACAAAAGAACAAGAGAAAGAAAUGUGUUUUGUUUUGCCUUGCACAGUAAAGAGUUGAGAAUUUCUGAUAUAUGUAUUACUUGGUGUAAACAUUUACUUUACUUGACUAUGCUGGGAUUUUUGUAAACACUGUUGAGAAUUCUCUGUCUAGACGGGAUGUGUUUUAUUUUGUGUGAUAAUCAUUACUAGGAGCUGCUCUCCAUCGGAGAUUAAUGAGCCACAGGUGGACCACUGCCAAUUUUUAAUCAUCUUGUUCAUUGGGGCAUCUUCACUGAAUGUUGGGUUUGUUUCAGCCUGUAUAGCACAAGUCUACUGUUCACCCAAACUGCCCAUCCUUGAUACUAACCAGCUCCCUCAGAGCCAGCUCUUGGAGUGAACAGGAUCUCUGACAUUCCUGUUUAUAUUUGUCAGCCAGGGCUCCCUGAUUGGACCAGGUUAACAGCCCCAAUCAGGGAACUCAUAUUCUGUGAGGCCCACCUCGCUGACCUUGUUCCAGUCCCUACAGUUAGAGCCUGUAUAGCACAAGUCUACUGUUUUGCCAAAAUGCCCAUCUUUGACACAUCUCAGUGAGACAUGGGGAAGUGUUUUUGUGUGAAACAGUUUUCUGUAAAACAUAUUUUGUAUUCUGUACAUUUUGAUGUAACAUACAAUGUAAAUAGUCAGUGACAGCAACAACAAAAUGAGAAAAUGAUGAAAACAACCACGGGGAGAGUUUUUUGCAGUCUUUUUCAGGUGUUAACUUUUGAGUUUGAGUAUUUGGGUGUAACCAGAUGAAUGAAUUGUUAAUAUCUGGUUUUAAUGUGUCUCUCCAUCUUGUAUUUGAAUUUUUUUUUCCAAAUUAUGCACAUUGUGUCUGUCUAAAUUAUGA